AAAAUCAUUAUCAGAAGCAGAAGCAAAAAGAAGAAGUUACAGCAACAAAAAUGGUAGCUAUGGCUAUGGCUUCUCUUCAGAGUUCCAUGACCUCACUCUCACUCUCUUCCAACUCUUUCUUCGGCCAGCCUCUCUCUCCCAUCACUCUCUCUCCUCUUCUUCCGGGUAAGCCGACAGAUAAGCAAUGUCGUAUUGUAAUGAAGCUUAAACGAUGGGAGCGAAAGGAAUGUAAACCAAACAGCCUUCCAGUGUUACACAAAUUGCAUGUUAAAGUUGGAGAUACUGUGAAAGUCAUAUCAGGACAUGAAAAGGGUCAAAUUGGGGAGGUUACUAAGAUCUUCAAGCACAACAGCACUAUCAUUGUCAAAGACAUAAACUUGAAGACAAAGCAUGUGAAGAGUAGACAAGAGGGAGAACCAGGGCAAAUAAAUAAGAUUGAAGGUCCUAUCCACAGUUCAAAUGUGAUGCUCUACUCUAAAGAAAAGAAUGUCGUAAGCCGUGUUGGUCAUAAAGUUAUUGACAAUGGCAAAAAAGUUCGUUAUCUAAUAAAAACUGGAGAGGUAAUUGAUAGUGUAGAGAAUUGGAAGAAACUGAAGGAAGCUACUAAAAAAACUGAAGAACUUGUUGCUGCCUAGUUUUACUAUAUUAAUUCAUGCAUUCAGCAGUUAUGUAACUCAAUGUAGUUGUAUUAUUUUUUUUCCCAUUUUAUUGUUAAGUGUAUAUUAUGUUGUGUUAUUAUUCUGGUACCUAUGUUGAUCUCCAUACACAACUUGAGUAAUUGGAUUUGUUUUUUGUCCUU